AUGGACCACGAUCCCGACAACCAAGAUAUCGGCAGCAACGAGGGGGCCGCCAUGGAAUGCGGUGACGACGACGACAACCUCCGUGCAUUUGAAUCGAGGGAAGUGCUGGCCAAAGACGACGAAGGAGAUGACAGCGGCCACGACUCGAACGAUGGCGAACCAGACGACCUCGACGUCGACGAAUUGGAGCGGUCGUUGACGCCGCUGCAUGUGUCGGGAGACUCGCAGCGCAUGUCUCGGAGUGAAUCGGCCGAGAUCUUUUCGAAAAAGUACGUCGAGCGCCACCAGGUCAAGGCCGAGAUGCUCCACGACGAAAGGACCAAGCGGCUUCAAAAGGAACGGCGCCGCCAGCUCCAUAUUCAAAAGUGGCAGUCCAAGACAACAAAGUCCCCAUUUAAAGUCAACCUGGUCGCCGACAACGAACGCCUGGACGAGGAAAACCGCGUGCGCGCCACGGAAGAAGCACGCCGCCUCCGAGAACUCGAGCGCAAGACGAGGCAAGUCAAGAACGACAUCAUAUUGAAAGCGCUCCAGGAAACGUCUGAUCUGGAAGCGCUGCGCCGCGAGAAGCGCGUGAUAAUUGAGGAAGAGAAACGGUUGAAGGCGCUUCUCGACCUGGAGAAGACAAACUCGCACCGCAAGAUGGACAUGCUCGCGGCUCAAAACGCCGAGAAGCGGCGUAAGCAAGAAAAGAUCGAGUAUCGCAUGAAGCAGCGCAAAGAACAACUGAGCGAACGCGACGAGCGGUACAAGGCGUUGCUCAAAAACAAACUGGCGCUGUAGGGAUCGCUUCUGUUUCACGUGUCUCCGAAUGCGUCGGGAACACCAUGGGACGGGUGUUGAAAGAGGGGAUAGAUUUCGCCGAUGUGCAUUCAUGUCGUUCAUAAAGUUCG